UGCCCGGGGCUCUGUGGGGACCGGCUAAUGGGCCGAGGCGGUUGCCGCGGGAUGACGCCACUUGGGUGAGCGUUAAAGAGCUGCGGCUCCGGGAAGGCAGCGGCAGAGCGAGGGAGAGCGAGCGAUGGUAACGGGCGGCCGCAGAUCCCUCCCCGCCUCCCUCCAGCCUCCCCGCUGCCCCCCGGCGCCGCGCAGCCCGCCCGGGCCCCCCCUCGCCGCCCCCACGGGAGACCCGGCGCGGCGUGGAGCACCCGGUUGCGGGACCGGGUGGGCGGGAGGUGCCCGGCGCUCAUGGCCAUCGUCCGGUGGCCCUAAGCAGCCUCCCGGUGGCCCGGGGCUGGUCCCGGCCGGGCUGGGCGAUCCGCGGGUGGAUGGACCGGCGGGAGGAGGCGGCGGCGGCGGCGGCGGCGGCGGGGAUUUUUAGAUGUGCCCUGAUGCCGCAGGGUCUCCUCGCUCCCGGAAAUGCAGCUCUCUUCCAGUGUGGCUGAGCUCAGCUGCGACGAGACGAUGGACCCGCCCGCGGAGGACUUCCAGCAGGUCCUGUCCAUUGACCAAAUCCGCUCCAUCCGCGCCAGCAACAACUACGUGGAGAGACCGGCUGCCUGCUUCCAGCAAGCCCGCUCCAACCCGUCCCUGUCCCAGCCACCCCCCAAGCAGGAGUGGUCCCAGGACCGCCUGGUGUCUUCCACCUUCCAGGACCUGCACCGCAGCCACAGCCAGCAGCACCCGAUGCCGCCCCUGCAGCCGCACAUGAGCCACUCCAGCACGGCCAGCUCGGUCUCCCAAAGCACCACCGCCUCCGACCAGCGCCUCCUGAGCGGCCUCACGCCCUCCCACUCCGGGCAUUCCCUCGUCCGGACGCAGCCCCGGGCCGGCGAGCUGAAAGCCGAGGAGUCGCCGUUGAAAGGGGCGGCCGAGAAGCCCACCCUCCACGCCGGCCACCUCUUGGUCUGCGAGGAGUGCGGGCGGUGCAAGUGCGCCCGCUGCACGGCCGCCCGCAGCCUGCCCUCCUGCUGGCUCUGCAACCAGCGCUGCCUCUGCUCCCCCGAGAGCCUCCUCGACUACGGGACCUGCCUCUGCUGCGUCAAGGGGCUCUUCUACCACUGCUCCACCGACGACGAGGACACCUGCGCCGACGACCCCUGCUCCUGCGGGCCGGGGUCCUGCUGUGCCCGCUGGGCUGCCAUGAGCUUCCUCUCUCUCCUCAUGCCCUGCCUCUGCUGCUACUUUCCUACCCUGGGGUGCCUCAAACUUUGCCAGCGGGGUUAUGACGGCCUGAAACGACCCGGCUGCCGCUGCCAGAGCCACACCAACACGGUCUGCAGGAAGAUCUCCUCCUCCAGCGGCACGCCUUUCCCCAAGACGCUGGAUAAGCCGGUAUGACCCUCCCGGGGAGGAGAAGCAGGCUUUACUCCUCUUCCUCCUCCUCUUCCUCCUCCUCCUCUCCCCUCCAUCCGCCUCCUCCUUCGGCUCCCUCCGCUCCGCAGCGCUCCCCAACACCCGCCGUCACCUCCCAGCAACAAGACGGGUGAACUGGGGGGUCCCCCAGCCUCUGGGAGCACCAAGGCGGCUGGGCGCCCCCGGGGAAAUGCUGGUUUUCGCACAGGCGGGUGCGGGACCCGGCGAGGCGGAGAGAGCUGCGGGUGCCCUCCCCGGCCGUGCCCUGCGGGGAAGGGUGACCCGGGGUGUGUGUGUGGGGGGGGGGUCCGCAGGACUCUGCUCCACAGAGGGUUUUAGGAGCUGCCGCUGCCCCACGGUGUGGUCCUUCCCGACGGAGGGGAAGAGGCAGAUCGACGCGUCCCCCUGUGCAAGAGUCCUCCCGGAGCCAGAUCUCCUUCUGUGUCCCUUUCUCCCCCUCCGGCACUUCGCGUGGGUGACCCCUCUCCACUCACGUGGCCGUAGGGCCGCUUUCCCCAAGGGGCUGGGGGUGCCGCGGGGUCCCACCAGUGUCGGUGGCUUCCCGCUGGGCUUGGAAGCCGCUGGGAGAAGCAAACGAGCUUCAAAAUGAGGUGGCAUCGUAUUUUUCUGUCUCAAAGAGGAAGGGAAGGUGUGGGAAGCUUUAGAAACCUUCUGGCAGGGGAAGGAGCUAUCGGAGGCAGCCCAGCCCACUCGCUUCUGCCCGACUGCAGCGAGGGAAAGGUCCCCUCUGGGAUUUGGCUGAGAACAAGGAGCUGGUUUGAAAUUGCCAUUCAUUUCUCGCUGCCUUGAAGGGCUGCCUCCAGAGCGCAAACCCUGGCGGGAUGGGAGCUGCCACCCAGCUCCAUCCCACCGCCGAGCAGAUGCCACAGGCACCGGCUCUGUGCUCGAGCCCCGAGAGCCCCGAUCUGGUACCUUCCACCAGCACUGAAUUCACUUUAAAAAAAAAAAAAAAAAAAAAAAAAAAAAAAAUUAAAAAAAAACCAAAACAAAACCAAAAAACAAAUACCCCAAACCCAACUGUCAACAGCUGCCCCUCGCACUGCUCUCCCUGUCUCCCCGGCACAAUCCUGGGGGACUCCCCCACGGGGACUUCUGCAGCUCCUGCUUUGGGCUGGAGGGAAACAGAGAGCAGAAGGGGGGUGUGGAAAGACGGGAGCCCGACCUUCCUUCCCUGCAGAAGUUUGCCUUUGAGUCCUCACCUCGCUUUCCCCGGCCCACCGGCGUGUCACCCUGGAGAGGGGCCCAAACUGGAGAUGGGUCUGACCCCAGCUGCAGACCAGAAGGAAACCUGCAUCGGGGUCGGCGCUUCGCGGUUUGCUUGCUGGGGUGAUAAUAAGCCCGAGGCGUCGCUGCGGCUGCGGGGGGUCCUCCUGCUGCUCCUGGACUCAGCCCCAUCUCCGCUUGCAAAAUGCGGGGUGCCAGCUCUCAGCUGUGACCCCGCUGGUAUCGGCGGGGCGGGCGGGGGGAGUUCGGGGCCGAGGCCACGUCCCAGCGCCCGGCCCUCCUCCGAGGUGCGCGAGUGCAGAGGGAAGCGAAUGGUUCCCCUGGAGAAAUAUAUGCAACGUGUCCCUUGGCUUCCUCCAAGACCCGGUCAUCCAGGGCUCAUCCGUCGCCUUCCCUCAGCCACCUCUUCACGUAGAGUUCUGUGGAUCUAUUUUUGUAUAUAUAAAUAUAACGUUAGGAUGGCUAGGUCUAUUACUAAUAAUAUUCAUGAUACUGCUGUGAAUGGUGCCAGAUGCAAGGUUUGGCUUCCUGGUACACUUGCACAUGCUGGAAGAUGAUCUCCCAGUCUGUUUAUUGCUAAUCCUAGACCUUUAGUUCCUAGGUAGUCGGGAGAGGGGGAAA